AUGCCAACCGGAUCCUGUCUCUGCCAAACGGUCAAAUACGAGUAUGAUGUGGAACCCGUCUUAAAGCUCAGCAGUGGCAGCUCGGCGAACCUAUUGAUUCCCGGAAGCCAUUUCCGAAUCACAUCUGGUACCCCCAAAACUUACUCCAUGAUCCAUGAGAGCGGGAUGCACUUGACGACACAUUUCUGUGAGAACUGUGGAAGCUUGCUAUACAAGACGGGCGAUCGCGAGGAGUUCAAAGGAUCGGUCAUUGUUUUGGCUGGGACGUUGGAUGAUGCGGAAGUUUUUGAGAAGGCGAAGCCGGACGCGGAGCUUUUUGUUAAGCAUCGGGUGGGAUGGUGGCCUGGCUUGGACUUUGCGAAGCAGAUGAAUAAUUUUGACUAG